AUGGAUGAUGAAGAGAGUAACAACGUAAGAAGAUUCGACGACGACGACGUCGUUUUGCCAGGGUUUAGGUUUCAUCCAACCGAUGAAGAACUCGUAAGUUUCUACUUGAAACGGAAGGUUCUACAGAAAUCUCUUCCCUUUGAACUCAUCAAGAAAGUCGACAUUUACAAAUACGAUCCAUGGGACCUCCCAAAGCUUGCGGCGAUGGGAGAGAAAGAGUGGUAUUUCUAUUGUCCUAGAGACAGGAAAUACCGGAACAGCACGAGGCCUAACAGAGUAACCGGAGGCGGAUUUUGGAAAGCAACUGGAACUGACCGGCCUAUAUACUCAUUGGACUCAACUCGAUGCAUCGGUCUUAAGAAAUCGCUUGUGUUCUAUCGUGGUCGAGCUGCUAAAGGAGUCAAAACCGAUUGGAUGAUGCACGAAUUUCGUCUCCCUUCUCUCUCUGACUCUCAGCACUCGUCAUAUACAAACUACAAUAGCAAGAAGCAACUCAUUAACAACAGUAAAGAGAUUCCUUCCAACGAUGCUUGGGCGAUAUGCAGAAUAUUCAAGAAAGCGAAUUCGGUAUCUUCUCAAAGAUCAAUCCCACAAUCUUGGCUUUAUCCGGCGAUUCCUGAGACCAACCAAUACAACUCACAGUCUCUCUUAGCUUCAACGGACGAUCUCAGUCACAUAACAACAAGACAAAACCUUAUUACUUCUCCAGUCGACCAACCUGCAAGCUUCACAGAAUCAUCCGCUGCUUAUUUAGCUUCUCAGAUGGUCGGAGUUCCGUAUAACACGACCCGAAACAGCCGAACAGAGUUUGCUCUGUUUUCGAGAAACAAUGAAACAGGGGAUGCUCUGUUUCUGAGCAACAAUGAGAAUAACUACUUCGACAACUUGACCGGAGCGUUGACUCAUGAGCUUCCGAAUGUAAGAUCAACGGUGAAUGUAAGAUCAACGGUGAUGGAGGAGACGACGUAUUCGACUAACAAUUAA